AUUUUAUCUGAUAAUGACUUUUUUCAAAUAGCCAAUUUUUACUUGAUUUCUAUUUUAAAUUUUGCAACCUGCUUUUCCUUCAAUUAUGUUGAUUAUGGCUCCGUCAUUUUUCAGUGAUGGGUCAGCCUAAUCAAACUAUACCUACUGAAUAUGUCAUGAAUGAAGUUGGUUCAACAGCAACAACUGAAGUUGUUGGAGCAGAAUUAGUUAAUACCCAACCUACAAAGAAGAGGAAAGCUAGUGCAAGUGGUUCUAGGCAAUCAUCUGCUUGUUGGGAGCACUUUAUUAGAUUACCAGAUGACUUAGUUGAUACACCAACUGCAGCUUGUAAACACUGCCACAAAAAAUACCUAUGUGACCCUAGGACUCAUGGCACCACCAACAUGAACCAUCACAUUCUAAAAUGUGCAAAGAAGCCUAGAACCAUUGAUCCCACCCAAACUAUUCUGACAUACCCCUCUGCAGAAGGAUCUAGUUUGGGUCAUGUUAGCUCCAAAUUUGACAAGCAAGCUUGUAGAAAAGCUUUGUCAAUUUUUGUGGUUCUAGAUGAACAACCAUUUAGUGCAGUUGAGGGGGAAGGUUUUAAGUACUAUUCUAAAGUAAUGCAGCCCCAGUUUACUCUCCCAUCUAGGCGUACAGUAGCUAGAGACUGUUUUCAGCUACACUUGGAUGAGAAACAAAAACUAAAAGCCUUCUUUAAGUCUGACUGCAAUAGAGUAGCACUUACUACUGAUUGUUGGACUUCUAUCCAAAAUCAAAACUACUUAACCCUUACGGCACACUUUGUGGAUAACGAAUGGAACUAUCAAAAGAGAAUUAUAAGCUUCACAGUUAUUCCAAACCACAAGGGUGAUACGGUAGGUAGGAAGAUUGAAGAGGUGUUAAGGGAUUGGGGAAUUAGGAAUGUGUCUACCAUAACUGUUGAUAAUGCAACUUCAAAUGAUGUAGCUGUAGCAUAUUUGCAUAGAAAAAUAUCAACUAUGAAUGGGAUGAUGGGGGAUGGAAAAUGUUUUCAUAUGAGGUGCGCUGCUCACAUAUUGAAUUUGGUGGUAAAUGAGGGUUUGAAAGAUAAACAUUUGUCUAUUACUAGUGUUAGGGAUGCUGUUAGAUUUGUCAAGUCCUCACCUCAUAGGGCAGCCAAGUUUAAAGAGUGCAUUGAAUUUGCUGGAAUAACUUGUAAAAAACUAGUAUGUCUCGAUGUUUCAACUCGUUGGAACGCGACAUAUUUGAUGCUUGAGGCUGCAGAGAAAUUUCAAGCUGCUUUUGAUAAGCUUGAGUAUGAAGAGUCGAGCUAUAGGGAGUUCUUUGGAAAAGGUAGUCCUCCUAGUAGUGAUGAUUGGGACAUUGUUAGAGCUUUCAUCUCUUUUUUAAAGUUAUUCUAUGAAGCAACUAAUGUUUUUUCCACCUCUCAAAGUGUGAGUUUGCAUAGUGCUUUUCACCAAGUGUCUGCGAUCUAUUGUGAGUUGAAGCAAGCUACUAUGAACUUGAAUGGUGUUUUUGCAAGUGUGGGUGGGGACAUGAUGGAAAAGUAUAAUAGAUAUUGGGGGUGUGCUACUAAGAUGAACAAGUUGAUUUAUUUUGGAAUCAUUUUGGAUCCAAGAUACAAGUUGAGUUAUAUUGAGUGGACUUUUAAGGAUAUGUAUGGAGUCGGAUCUGUGUUUGCUACCGGGUUGAUCAAAUCUAUAAAAGAGAGCUUACAAAAAUUGUAUGAUUGGUAUAAGCAAGCUUAUGACCAAAAUCAUAGUAGACAACCUCUUGGUAAUGGUGAAAACAAUGUUUCCAAUGAUGAAACAACAGUUGGCCGUCCUUCACUAAUGGCUAGAGCCGAUGCUUUUGAGCAACAUUUAGAGGAACAAGACUCGAUUGACCAACAAAAUGAGCUUGAGGGUUUUUACUCUAGUAAGUGUGUCAAAAGGGAUCCUAAAUUUGACCUUCUUGUGUGGUGGAAACACAAUUCAACACAAUAUCCUAUUUUGUCUACAAUAGCUAAAGAUAUUUUUGCCACACCAGUGUCUACGGUUGCAUCAGAAAGUGCCUUUAGUACGGGAGGGAGAGUCUUAGAAACUUAUAGGAGCUCCCUAAAACCUGAAAUGGCAGAGGCAUUAAUUUGCACCCAGAAUUGGUUAAAGCCGUCUUUUACCUAUUUCAAAGACUUGAACCUCAUGGAAGAUUUUGAGCUUUCUGAAGAUAUUAUAGCAGAAUUUGAAGAAAUUUCUUCUACAGCAAGAAGAGGAUCUUUACCGUCUCAGCCACAACCUUCUGGUUGUGCUUGAAAAAUAUGGAGUUCAACUAUGUUUUUUGAAGUCAUAUGUGACUUAUAUUUUGUGACUACUCAAUGGUCAAAUAAUAUAUAUUUUGUCCCGUAAAUGAGGGAAGAAACUGCAGUUCAGAAAGCUAAGGAAACAGAACUUACUAAAACCAUUCACAUUACAGGUAUGAUCAAACACUUUUUGAGGAUGAAAGCAAGAACAGACUGAUGGAAACUAAGGAGCUUUUUGAAUGGAUCCUGAAGCAACCAUGUUUUGAGAAAACGUCCUUCAUGUUAUUUUUAAACAAGUUUGACAUAUUUGAGAAGAAGAUCCUGAAUGUUCCGCUCAACGUAUGUGAAUCAGAUUUUGGGUAUACUAGAGGCCAGGUAUACAACAGUAUAUAAUCAAUUUAUUGAUUUGUAUCAAGUAAAUGAUGUUGAAUGGGUGGAUAGAGAAAGACCUUUGGGUAUACUAGAGGCCAGAUAUACAACAGUAUAUAAUCAAUUUAUUGAUUUGUAUCAAGUAAAUGAUGUUGAAUGGGUGGAUAGAGAAAGACCUUUACGAGUUCAUGAUCAACGCAAAUUAGUUGCGCUGAAAUUUUCAGAGAUGAUAUAAUCUAUGAUGCACAUUUACAGAUUGAAACUCACUAAUUAUAUGUCAUAUUUUGUAUCCAAUGCUGGUCUUUAAGUAAGGUUCAAGUUUGAAUCUUAUGAAUGGAAAGCAUAGUCACUGAGAGCCAAGAAAUGAGGUUUCACAG